UAAUGCUUCUCCAUUAGUCUGGUGGCUUGAAAAGCAGCACGACUUGUGCACAAACUUGUGGAGUUGUGAACUCCUAUUCCCUCCCUUAUAUACUUCUCACCCUCCUCUCUUAUUCAUUCUCCACCCAACCCAUCUUCAUUACUUUUCUCCCUCAGAUUCAGACAUGGGAAGAGCUCCUUGCUGCUCCAAAGAAGGGCUCAGAAAAGGGCCUUGGUCUGCCAAGGAGGAUUUGCUGCUCACUAAUCACAUUCAACACCAUGGAGAAGGCCAAUGGAGAUCUUUGCCCAAGAAAGCUGGGUUGCUUAGGUGUGGGAAGAGUUGCAGGCUGAGAUGGAUGAACUAUUUGAGGCCGGGGAUCAAACGGGGGAACUUCAGCCAGGAAGAGGAGGAUUUGAUCGUGCGGCUACAUUCACUCCUGGGGAACAGGUGGUCCCUCAUUGCAGGCAGGUUGCCAGGUCGAACGGACAAUGAGAUCAAGAACUACUGGAACACUCAUCUCCUCAAGAAGCUCAAGAGCGCCGGGAUCGAACCCAAGCCCCGCCACUCCAAAGACUCCAAGAAAAAGCCGGCGAAACCCCGCCCAAAUCCCCAGAAACUCACCGCCAAUACUAAAAAGAAGCACAAGAAGGCUAGAAACGACGAACAAUCUCCCCGGCAAGACUCCGAUCAGACGGCGACGGCGCCGGAGAAGAGGACAAAAGUUUACGCUCCGAAGCCCAUCAGGCUCUCGCCGUCGCCGGCGUUCUCGAGGAACCACAGCCUCGAAGACGUCGCCGGGAGCGUCUCCUCCAGCUCCGGCGAGGUUGACAACAAAGCAGUAGUACUACAGGGUACUACAGCGGAGCCGCCGCCGCCGCCGUUCAUCCCGUGGCACUUGUAUGAGCUAGGAGGAGACGUGGACUUCUGUGAUCAAAUUCUGGACGGCUGUGAUCUCUCCUCCCCCAAGUGCUCGGGCCCCACCAGUGAUGGCUUGCUGGAAAAAGUGUACGAUGAGUAUCUUCACCUUCUUUCCGAGAAUUGCUUUGAACCUUUGACCGAUGAUUGUUUGUGCGAUUAUCCUUUUGUGGAUUAUAAUGUAGCCCCGACAUCGAGCAAUAAUUCGAGUCUAAAUUAAAUUAAUUAAAAUUACGUGAGUAAUAAUGGAGUGGUUAAUGAGUAAUUUUACUGCGGACUAUCUAGCUUAGUCUAGUCAGUAAAUGUAAAGUUGUGUUGUGUAAUUGUAGCUGUAACAAAAAGUCAGUGAAGUAAUUUUGUUGAGUU